AUGACGAUUAUUGUAGCGUCGCUGUUCCUGCCAUACCAGCCGCAGUUUGAAGUCGAUGACGACGAGUUGUUGCAAACGCUGGACGAUUCCGUGGUCGAUAUCGACCCUGAACAGCUCACGCGGUUGCGGUCUGCGUCGCCAGCGCUCAAUCAAGACAUCAGGAACAAGUCCCAGGACUCGCUGUUGGAGAACUACACUCUGCCCAGGAUCAAAUCUGCCACGGCGAUUGACCAGCUUAUGUCCUCGGAUGAGUUUAUGAAGAAUCUGACGGCAAACGCUUCCAAUGCUAACACUCCAAAGCAUCGCAAACCGUUUUACAGGAUUGGUGGAGCUUCAGCUGCUCCUGGUGCUGGCGCUGGGUCCCAGCAGCAGCCCCUGCAACAACCCGUCCCAGGGAAUGCAGCGAAGAAUUCAUCCGUGGAGAACUUCUUCUCCGCGUACAAUUCAAACAGCGCCACUUCGCUGAUGGAUUUGCCUCAGGGUGGGAACCCACACGCCCCCUUGGGGAUCGCAGCGCCAGUGGCGGCUCCACCGGGGGACUCCACGGCUAGUCUGCUCAAAAACGUCAACAGAUCUUUGCUCAAACACUCCAUCCUCAACAAACACUCGAUGUCAUCGGGGAACGUGCCCACGCUCAAGGACGGCAGACCGCCCACGAUCGUCACCCCGAGAUCCAGGGCCGCACAGCAGCCCCAGCAGCGCAGACCUCCUUCUCAGCCGGCUCAAACACAACCGCAAAAGAAAGUCGGUGACGAAGAAACCCCCACUGGUGACCUCCACUACAAUGUGCCCAAGUUCGGAGGAUUUUCCAAGAAGAACCUGGACUUGAAAUUGAAAAUCAAGUCCGCAAACCCUCAAGCGGCGUCUCAAGAACUGUUCAAAAAAAUUCCUUGGAAGAUCGUAGACACAAUCAAGGGCAAUGGGUCCCUCAAGAACGCUAUCAACCAGGCGCUCGACGAAGAGACCAUCAAGGAAUCCGUGCAAUGGGUCGGUACCAUGGGACUCCCCACGGAUGAGAUCCCAGAGGAAGUCUUGACGGAGAUCCAGCAUACGCUCACGGACCAGUAUGGAUGCCACGCGAUCCUUCCGGACGAUUUCGUCUUCGAUGGAGGGUACCACAACUUCUGCAAGCAGAUCAUGUGGCCUACUUUCCACUACCAGAUCCCAGACAACCCGAACAUGAAGGCGUUCGACACGCACUCGUGGGGGCAGUACGUCAAGUUGAACGAGAUGGUCGCUCAACAGAUCCUCGCGCAGUAUAAAGUGGGGGACACCGUUUGGAUCCAUGACUACCACUUGAUGCUCGUCCCCCGUAUGGUCAGGCGCGAGUUGCCGGACGCCCGGAUCGGGUUCUUCCUCCACGUGUCGUUCCCGAGCAGCGAGGUGUUCCGGUGUCUAGCGGAGCGUGAAACCAUCCUCGACGGGAUCCUUGGUGCUAACUUCGUCGCGUUCCAAACGCAGGAGUACCUGAGACAUUUCCUCCAGACCUGUAACAGGAUCCUCAUGGCCGAUGUCACGGUCCCCGAUAGGGAGAUAGAGUACAACGGGCAGAUCACCUGCGUCAAGUCCAUCCCGAUUGGGAUCGACCCCUUCAGCCUUCAAUUACAAGUCAUCAAGGAUGAGCGUGUAGCCAACUGGAGACAACUGAUCAGGGAGCGGUGGGGUGGCGUCAAACUGAUUGUGUGCAGGGAUCAACUGGACAGGAUCAGGGGUCUCAUCAAGAAAUUACUCUCUUUCGAGCAAUUCCUCAAGGACAACCCUGACUACUUCGGCAAAGUGACGCUGUUGCAAAUCUGCAUUGGGAAGGAGAACGACAUGGACUUGAAGAGACAGAUCAUGCUCAUCAUCGACAGGAUCAACUCGCUCGCGCCAUUGCACAUCGGCGCGUCCCCACCGGUGGUGUUCCUCCACCAAGACCUCGACUUCGAACAGUACCUCGCGCUGAACUGUGAGGCGGAGAUGUUUUGGGUCAACUCGCUGCGCGAGGGGAUGAACUUGACUUGCCACGAGUUCAUUGUCUCCACGAUCGAGAAAAACGCUCCAUUGAUGAUUAGCGAGUUCACAGGGAGUGCAUCGCUCUUAAGGCAGGGGGCAGUUCUCAUCAACCCAUGGGACAUCAAGGAUGUCUCCCUCAAAAUAAAGGUGUGUCUCGAGGCCUCUCCAGUGAAGAAGAAGUACCGGUGGAAGAAAAUGAUGAAGAGUAUUAUUUCGAAUGACUCGGAGUCUUGGAUCAAGUUGAACUUCCAAAAUAUUUACUCGACGUGGGAGUACACGCAGGAGAGGACCACUGUGGCGAAGUUUUCGUACGAAAAUUUGCUCAGGGACUACAAUAAGACGAGCAAGCAGUUCUUCUUGUUCAAAGUCUCGCAGCCGCCGACCUCGCACAUGAUCAAAGUGUUGGGUGACCUUGCCUCCAAGAAUAUCGUCUAUGUGAUCAACUCGUUCUCUAAAUCGAUUAUGGAGAUCCUUUACAACCGUGUACCGAAUCUGGGGCUCAUUGCGGAGAACGGUGCGUACGUGAAGGUUGACGGUCAAAAAUGGCACAACAUGGUGGACCAGAUCGACUGGAAGAACGAGGCUGUGAAGAUCUUCGACGACAAAGUGGAGCGGUUGCCCGGUUCCUACUACAAGAUCUCGGAGUCGAUGAUUCGGUUCCACACGGAGAACGCGGAGGACCAGGACCGUGUCGCGAGUGUCGUCGGGGACGCCAUCGCGCAUAUCAACACCGUAUUCAGCGAGUCCGACAUCCACGCGUACGUGCACAACAACGUCGUGUACGUGCAACAGAUGGGGCUUUCGCUCACGGCGAUCAAGUUCCUGUUCCGUUACUACAACAGUGCAACGGUACCUGCAGCUACUGAUGACGACGUUGCCGCCGGUAGCGCCCCCGUGCAGACCGCCGAGGAGGUUGAGGAGGGCAAGUCGCAGACGCCGAUCGACUUUGCGUGCAUCACGGGGUCCACGUCGCCGAUCAUCGAGCCCGUGUUCAACUUCGUCAAGGAGGAGAUGGAACAGGAGCACCUGCAGUGCGGUCACACGGUCGUCUACGGGAACGUCACGUCCACGAACGCGCUGGAACACGUCAACGGGCUCAACGGGCUCUUCAACAUCCUGCAGAAGCUGUCCAAAGUGUGA